CAGAAAUCCAAUAUUUCUCUUUAUCCACAUUUAAAUGUCAUAAGUAUCUAAACAAUCAAUACAGCUAUGUUUAUAAGCUAUUAAAAACAAAUUGAUAUCAUUCGAACAGGAUACUAGUGACAGUAAACAUUAGGCAGAUCCAAAGAUUCAAAUAGCUAGCUAUAAACAUGUUCGAUAUGAGGAAAUGUGAGACACCAAAUAUAAAAUAUAAUGAGCAAAUUUUACCAGACGAAGUUAUUUGUAGCAAUCCCGAACGUUUUCUUAAACUUCAUUUUCUCAAAUCUCGCAAUUUAGAUAAAGAUGUUAAAAACAAAAGAUGUAACAUUGAAAACAUCGUUUCUAAAAAAAAAGACGAAGACAUAGAGAAAGAUAAAGAUGAAGAAAAAAAGGACGAAAGUAAAGACAGAAACAAAAACGAAGAUGGAGACAAAGAUAAAAAUAAAAACGUAGAUAAAGACGAAAAGGAAAUCGAAAUCAGUUAUGACUGUGAUUAUCACGGUGGUUAUGAUUUAUGUUAUUAUUUUGAUUUAUAUUAUUAUUAUAAUGAUAAUAAUAAUUAUGAGAAGGAGGAAAAGAAAGAAGAGAAAGAGGAAGACAAAGAGGAGAACGCGGACGAGGGAAGAGAUAAAGAGAAGAAGAAGAAUAAGGAGCGGAAAGACGAAAAACCUAAGGAAACAGAUCUGAUCGACGAUGACAACAUUGAUGACAUCUCUAACUUUAAUAAUGAUAAUGAUGAUAAUAGUGACGACGACGACGACGACGACGAUGAUGAUGAUGAUAAUGACGAUGAUGAUGAUGAUAAUGAUAACGACGAUAAUGAUGAUGACACGGAUGAUGAAGAAAAUGAUGACGAUGGCGAAAAUACAAGCAACGAUGAUGAUGAUAAUAGAUAUGAAAAAGAAAAUAAUGACGAUGAAAAAGGAGAUAAAAACAAAGACAAUAGUAUAGAUAACGGAAACAACAUAGAUUCGAACAGAAGCAAUUCAAGUUCAAAUCAGUUUCUCACUACAACAGAGUCGCAAAGGAGGAGGCCUCUCGAUUAUCUAAACAAUGAUACUAUUUGCAAUCACAAAUGGGUAAAUGAUAUCUUAGCGUCGUUACGUAAGAUAUGUGAAAGUGAUUAUAUAGACGCACUAAUAGAUGAGAUGCAUAUUUUACAGUUGAAGAGUUCAAGGAAUGGUAUAAAAGAGUAUCUUAGAGAACAUAAUUUUUUGUCAAUAGUACAGAAUAUACAGCAUAUAUAUCCUAAUGAGCCAAAACUGAUUUACACGUGACAUGCGCACUCGCUUGCAGUUGGCUGAUUAGAUGUUCAGCGCGUCGGUACGACAGCAGAGCGGUUUGAGAAGCCGAUUCGGAGUACGACAUAUUUUACGACUGAG